AGAUAGCCAGCCGACACCACCGAAGUUGGAUGUCAUGAUGGAGCGGGACUAGAUAGCCAUGCUGCCGACACCACCGAAGUUGGAUGUCAUGAUGGAGCGGGACUAGAUAGCCAUGCUGCCGACACCACCGAAGUUGGAUGUCAAAAUAUAGUAGACAGCUCUUCAUCUGACACCGACGAAUUUAAAUGUCGUGAUGGUGCAAGACUAGACAGCCAUUCCACUAACCCUGUAGAUUGGGGGUGUAGUGGGGGAAAAGGAGCAAACCAUGCUUCUAAUAGUAAUGAUUUUCGACAUUGUAAUGUAGCGGUACCGAAAAGCCAAACUACUGAAUCCAAAGAACUCGGGUGUCGUACUGCAGUAGGAAUAAAUACCCACCCCACGGACACAGAAGAUCAUUGGAACCUUCGUGGAGUUUGCAACCUGCAGAUGAUGGAAAGCGGAUGUGAAUUUCCUGUUCAGUUUGAAGAUGCGCGGGCUAACGGAUGUGUUGAGGAAACAAACAACGGCGUUAACUAUGGUGGAGCUCGCAAAAUAAAAGUGAAGGGAACAAACCUGGGGCAUUCAAUCCAGUGCGAAGAAGAUUUGCAAUUGGCGCUCCACCACGCAGUAGCGGGACCGACCUCGGUAGACCAUGCUAAUGGUGAUCCCAACACGGGGAGCCUGGGUACAGAUCGCAGACGACCGAUACUGCAAAUGCGUGUCAACAGUGCUCAUCUAGUUGCUCAGUGCGAAGAGGAUCUUUGUAUCAAUACCGUAUGGCUGCAUGGCGAGGAACAGCUUCUGUUGGGAAGGGAUUGGUGGUGUCUCUUGUGCAACGCUUCCCCGUGGAGGAUCGUCCUCGGACAAUGCGAACAUUUCUUUUGUUCCUCCUGCUACCGAGGCCAGCAGAGAUGCCCCAUAUGUCGAAGCUUCAUCUGACAAGUCCCGUGUACAAAGUGUUGUAGAAAUGUGUUGUUGGUUUUUUUUUUUUUAAACAGAAAGGUGUCUUGUAAAAGAAGAGUUCAAAGAAAAAAAUUGAUAGAAAACAUGCUUGGCACAUCUUGAAAUGAUUGAGGCUCAAGGAUUUUGUAUUCCCAUCCUUAUAAAAAUCAUACUGAGUUCUUACAGAGAAAAAUAGACAUCCACAUUCCCCUUCUGAAAUACAGUAAUGAAACAUUCCAGCACUGAAAAUUCUGAAGUGGCCAACAUUCCUACUCUAGAAAAAAGAAGAAUCCCAAAUUCCCUUAAAAAACAGAAUGUGACACAAAGAUCUGGUAAUAAUACAUUCAAUUUUCCUAACACCGCCUACAAUUUUGGAAACCUGCAUCAUAGGUACAUCAAAAUAAUCAUCAGGGAAAAUGUAAAGUCAGGACAGAAUUGCUCCGUGAUGAGUUAUUGCUGUUACAUUUAGCCCUCUUCAUACAAAAGUCUGAAUUUGCAUCUAUUGCUGAAACCAUCUUUUGACCUCUGACCCAACUAUUUAGGAGAAUAUUACUGCUGCAAUGGGUAACUGCUCAUCUCAUGCAAAUCAUCAAUGUGGUGAAACUGCUUACAUCUGAGUGGGGUUUAAACAGCAUGUUUUCUGCGCCAUUUUUCUUUGAGUUCUGAGUGUGUUUUCUGUCUUAAGCUAGACUGAUGGAAAUGUUCAAAGGAAGACAUGCUCUCCUACCAAAGGAGGAAAGCUUCCUCUCCCCACCCCACCAUUUCGGUUUUGUAACCGGGAGAUACAUUGUUUGGUAUCUCUCUGGUUUCGAGGGUGUGGGGUGAUGCAAGAUGUUUUAACAACUCUUAGUUCCAAUGUUUGCCUAUGGGGCCUUGUGCAAGCAAUACCAUCAGCCUGCAGACUAUUAUGUUCAUCACAAUGGCUACCAUUCCCAGUGUAGACUUAAGACAGACGUGACACCUCCUUUUCACUACUUGUUAAAUUUCUUUUUUAUUUCUUGCUUUCAAAAUUAAAAAAGCCAUAUAAAAACAAAAAAA